CAUUUCUAAAACCCUUUGCUAGGGGGUGCAGGGCUCGCUGGAUCCCAGCGCUUCUCACCAGUGGCUUCCCUGGUCACAUGGGCUACGCGUGAGAGUUUAAAAGAGCUUAAAACCCUUCGAGCCGGUGCAGAAGCUGGUGGCUCCAUCGUCCGAGGAGCGCGGCCGGGGCGUGGAUCAAAGGCCGCCGGAGGCAGCGGGCGGAGAAGCGCUGAAAUCCCAGUUCUACCCCGCCAGGGUCAAGUGCAGCGUGUGGAGGAAUCCCGAGGAAUUUGAUGAGAAAUCGGGGACACCCUUGGGAAUUCAGACCGGUGGAAAGAUGGCCAGUCCUGUCCCGUCAGCCUGCUGCGUGGUGCUCGCCGCGGUGGUGAUGGUGUACGCUCAGAGGCACAGCCAGAUGGACACCCAUGUCCAGUACGAGCGGCUGGGCGCGGACGUGACCAUGCAGUGCGGGGCGAUGGACUGGGACGCGGCCGUGACCUGGACGGCCAACGGCACCGACAUCGAUGAGUCCCACCUCAACGGGUCGCACCUGGUGCUGCGGAAUGUCGACCUCGCACACAGCGGCCAGUACGCCUGCUACGAAGGUUCCUCGUGGCACCUCAAAUACCAGACCUACCUGAAAGUGGGAACCUCGCCCAAGGAGCCAGUGCUGAUGUGCCGAUCCAACAACUACCCCAAGGGAUUCUACUGCAGUUGGCACCUACCCAGUCCCACGUACAUCCCCAACGCCUUCAAUAUCACCGUCAUGCAUGGCCCAAGAGAGUUGGUCUGUGAGAAAGACGCUUUCCCCAAAAACAGGUGUCACAUCAGAUAUCUCCAGCUGUUCUCCACGGUGAAGUACAAGGUGACCUUGACAGUCACGAAUGCCCUGGGCAGAAACGCCACCACAAUCACCUUUGACGAGUUCGCCAUAGUAAAGCCGGACCCUCCAGAGAACGUGGUGGCCAAGCCAGUAUCCAACAACCCCCGGAGGCUUGAAGUGAGGUGGCAGAACCCUUCCUCUUGGCCUGACCCCGAGUCCUUCCCGCUCAAAUUCUUCUUGAGGUAUCGCCCCCUCAUCCUUGACCAAUGGCAACAUGUGGAGCUGUCAGAUGGGACGUCCCACACCAUCACCGACGCCUACGCCGGCAAGGAGUACAUCAUCCAGGUGGCCGCCAAGGACAACGACAUCGGCACGUGGAGUGACUGGAGCGUCGCUGUGCACGCCACGCCCUGGACGGAGGAGCCCAAGCACCUCACCACAGAAGCCCAGGUGGCAGAGACGACGACCACCGGCACCUCCUCCUUCGUGCCACCCCCCACCACCAAGAUCUGCGACCUGGAGGCCGUCGUUGGCAGCGGGGCCGUGACUGUGUCCUGGGCAGAGGGAUUGGUACUGGCAGCAGUUGGCGUUCUGUUUAUUUAAUCCCCUCCUUGCAGCCCCCGCAGAGGAGACCACCGCCCCGUCUGAAUCUAUUUUCUCUUCUAUUUUGCACAUGUUAAGGCGGACGUAUCACAUUUCUCUUCAUCGCUUCACUUUGUAGAAGGACAGACCUGCCGCGCCGCGAGGGUUUCCCCGCCCGCUCCCCGAACUGCCAGGGGGACCGCGGAGCCUUUACAAAAAGAGAGAGAGACUACCCCCCCUCCCCUGAUGCCCCCCCCCAAACAGCGAGACGCGAACCCCGGCCACGCUGCAGCGCAGCGCCCAGAGGAGAGCGCCAGCCGUCCCGGGCGAGAGAUCGGAUCAUACAGCUAAACCGCCAUGCCAAAGAUGCUACGCGACUUCGCUUCGCGCCCACGGCGCUCUGCUGCCGCCGCCGCCACAACACGGGUGACGAAACGUGUCAAACACACGGGAAGGGGGAGGGGCCUCGAACCCACAAUGAGCCUUGUCAGGGGGCGACCCCCCUCCUCGCUCCUCCCAGGGGGCUCUGAAGAACUGAACUGGCUUCCAGAAGCCCCAGGCUGGAGGGGCGCCGGGGGGGUUACUCCCCCGGAUGCGGUUCCCCACCCCCAGCCCCCGUGUGACAGGACAUGAGCGCUGUUUUCACGAGCGCAGACUAGUGCAUUGGGGGCUUUCUUUUUUACAGGAAAAAGGAAUCUAAGAAAACAACAGCCAAACCGACCCUCCUCCCUCCACCG